CUCUUUUAUUUCCAGAAAGUGAGAGAACACAAUCAAAAGUCAAGAAGGACGCCACUUGUCAGCCACUUUGUACACCCACCCACUCCCCAGAAGAGCGGCACGUGCUGGUCACGCGUCGGCAAUCAGGGGACAAAAUCGGAAGCGGAAGUGUUAGCUUAACCGUUAUGCACUUGUCGGCCAAUUAGUGUGUGCAACUAACGAGUAGAUUCCAUAGUAUACGAAGGCAACAUGUUUUCCAUGGACAACUUUGAUUUGGAGGCCACCAUGGCGCGUCACUUCUUCGAAGGAUCGCAGGCCACCAAUGCCUCCACCUCCAGUUCCGAGUACUUCUUUGGCGACGAGCACAGCUCGGAGAGCGAUGACGAGGAUGAUGCCUAUAGCAGUGGCUUCAACAGCGACCAGGAAAACACCGAGAAGACACGGCGCAGCCACAAGCCGCGUCGCUUGAAGUGCGCCUCCCAGAUGGCCCAGCAGCGGCAGGCAGCCAAUCUUCGGGAGCGACGCAGGAUGCAGAGCAUCAAUGAGGCAUUCGAGGGACUGAGGACCCAUAUACCAACGCUGCCAUAUGAAAAGCGAUUGAGUAAGGUGAGUAAGGUCGAUACACUCAAGCUGGCCAUCAGCUAUAUAACAUUCCUCAGCGAAAUGGUCAAGAAGGAUAAGAAUGGUAAUGAGCCAGGACUGAGCUUGCAGCGUAAUUAUCAAAAGGAACCGCCCAAGAAAAUCAUCCUCAAGGAUCGCACAGGCGGUGUGGCGCAUUCCUUGUCCUGGUAUCGCAAGGGCGAUCGUUAUCCGGGCAGCAAGCUCUAUGCCCGCACCUGGACACCCGAAGAUCCACGCGGACCCAUCGCACAGAUCCAGCCGGUGUACAACAAUUCCAAUUCGAAUCAAAAUCAAAAUAGUAAUCAAAGCAGCGACGAUUUCAAUGGCAGUGCCGGCUCCGCUGAUAUGUCUGAUCCGGGAGUAGGGGCCAGCAUCUAUGGCAGCGGCAAUGGCAUGUGAGGAGAAGGCGCAGGGCACAGGCACUCAACCCUCUCAUAGAGAGAGAGGAAACAAUCCAACUAGUCAAGCUUUGCUAGUCAUUGCAUCUAUAACAACAUAUUAAUCAAUUUAAUAAUUAUAUGAGAAAAACAACAUGUUCUGUGGUAUUUAAUUGCUCUAAGUUCGCUAAUAUCUAAAUGUUAUAUACUAUACUUAGUGGUUUAGUUUAAAUCGAAUAAACAUUUCAAACAAAAUCUA